AUGGCCGCGUCUUUCGGCGUCUUUUCGAGUAUUUUUCCGGCUAAUACGUCGCCGCUGUCAAGGUUAUCUCCGACCGCCGUCAGGCUUGCCCCCGCUAACCUGCGCCCCAUGCGCACGGUGACGGUCGCGGCCGCGGCGUCAAAUGCGGCCGUGGAGAAGAAGAAGCGGGAGCCGAAGGGGAUAAUGAAGCCUCAACGCGUGUCUCCGGAAAUGCAAGCCUUCCUCGGCGGCACGGCUGAGAUUCCCCGAACACAG